CGAUCUCGAUGCUUGGAAUCUGGCAUUCCUCCAAAGAAUUUAGAGUUCCAACGUUCGGAAGAUGUGAUGUGCUCCCCGUUAUCACCACCAAUGUUUGUGGAGCCGGGUGAGUACGGAACACGUGUCCCCCGGCUACGUAGUGGCAGACGACAAUUAAACUUUUAAAAAAGAGUAUUAUAAUUUUUUUUUUUACACGGCUGAUAUGACAUCUAAUUAAAAAGUUUUUAAGAUGUUUUAUUUUUUAAGAACUAAGACGGAAAUGCAUAUAGUGCGGUAAAAUAAGAGAAGAAAAAAUGUUUUACUUGCUAAAUUUUCGAAAAGGGAAAUUCUAAAAGAAGAAACUACUUGUUUGAUAAACUUUUUUCGGAGCAGACGAUAAAACUUUUUUUUAUUUUAUUUUUUCACUAGAAACUGAAUAAAUAAACUGAAGUGGUUUGAACAAAAUGAUGAAAAUCUAUAAUCAAGGUCUGUAAGAAGUAAAGAAUUAGCAGCUUUUACAUAUAUAUCACAUGCUUUUUUCCCCUACAUUUUUGUUUUUAAUGGAAACAAAAUUUCCCGAAAGUGGUAAUAUUUGUUAUUUAUUAAAAAAUAAAUGCAAAAGAAAGUUCCAGUCGAUAUGAUGGCAUAAAAUAUUAUCAUCAGAAAUUAAAUAAUAUUUUUUGUUAUAAAUCAUUAAAAAAAGAAGAAACAGUUUAUUCUUACUUUUAAUAAAUUAGAGUGGCAAGCAGCAAAGAACAAUUUAUAAAAACUGUCAAACAAUAUUAGCAUUGAUUUCAACUAAUAUGAACUUUUUUCAAUUAAAAAGAAAUAGUAUUCAGUUUAUAAGGGACAGUAUUCAUUGCCGUACUUUGGAUAAAAGAAAGCAAAAUUUUGAAAAGUUACGGAUUGAUUGCAUCUGCCAAGACCUAUAUGAAGAAAUAUAAUAUCUCCAUAAAAUGAAUACAGUAUAAAGUGAUUUAUUGCAACAAUUGUUUUGAACUUUACUAGUUCAAAAAGUUUGCAAUGAAACAGCCACUCCGUUAUAUUCAAAAUUUUGGUAAAAACCACAAUAGAAAUUUAUAUCACACAAUGCAUAAAUCCUAUCACACAUUUUAUUUUCGCCAGCAAUAUAUAUGAUAUUUUUACUGUGGAAGAAUUGAUGAACCAACGUCAAUUUUGUGAAUGGAAAGAUUGGAGAAAGUGUCACGUCAAUAUGGAGCGAUUUUCCAAAAAAACAUAAACAGUGCUUCAUAAACUAUUUUAUGCAUUGCUCGAAUUUGAUAUUAUGUGCUGUAUGGAUGGAUUAUAAGAAACGAUCAAAAUAAUAAUUUACAAGACAAAAUAGCUCAUCUGUUUUCAGAUGUUCGUACACGGAAACAUUUUUGAAACAAGUAGUUCUUGUGCGACAACGUUUUAUAAUAAACAAUGAUUAUUCCCAGAAUAAAAUUUAGAGUUGCCAUCUGCUUUGCUUUGAUGGUAACAACUUUGAAUUUUUACGCCAGAGGUACAGAAUUUUUUCCAGAUUCUUUCAGAAAUAUUUCAGAUUCUUUUGAUCUGGAACUGGGCGAAGAAGAAGAAUCUCCUCAAAAUGCGGUCCCCAUUCUAGGGAAGAUGGUGGACUUCGGAGAUUCAAAAAGAGAGGAAACAGCCAAUGAAAAGAAGAAGAACCACAAAGAAGAUAAAAGAGGUGAUUUUAAUUCUAAAGGAACAAGCAACAGUGCCGAAUCUAGUUUUCUGGUCAUUGAGAAGAGCUUAACAAACCUGACGAAAUUGUCCGGAGAGACCGUGCGCAUGAAAUGCGAAGUGAGGGGUCGGCCUGUCCCCAAAAUCCGCUGGUACAAGAAUGAAGCUCCCUUGGAACCCGAGAGGGGGAAGGUUGACGUUCGGAAAUUCAGUUCUGGUUACGGAAAAAUUGGAUCUCGACUGCGGAUCCUGCACGUCGACAUUCACGAUACCGGCUAUUACAAAUGUGAAGCUACCAACGACAAGCACACUGUCGAAACUACAGGGAUACUCAUGGUGAAAGCAGGUCGCAUGCAGUCACCCUCCAUCAUUCCGAAUUUCCCGCCUCCGUUUCCUCAUUUCCCAGCUUUAGGAGGAAGAUUACCUGAAUUCGAACAAAGUGACUUGGGUUUUUGCCAACAUUACCGCGGUGUGGCUUGUUCGCAACUGAUAGGAAACAGAACGGUUUAUGUUAAAGCAUCGAUGACUCUCAACCAGAUGGAAGAGAAAUUGGCUGCCAUACUCACCAUUUUGGCGACAGGAAAGGAGAUGAGCCCGGAAUGUCACAAGUACGCCGUUCCUUUCUUCUGCUACGUCAUGUUUCCACCUUGCGACGACACCAUUCCAUAUCCAGUUCCCAGACAUGUGUGCCGUGACGACUGCGACACUCUCGAGGCAUCCACCUGCAAGCAUGAAAUGACGACAGCAAGGAAACACCCACUGCUGGCCAAUCAGGACCUUGUUCCAGAUUGUGAAGAGUUACCGUCUCCAAAUCUUCAAGAACCUUCUGGGACUUUCGUUGUUGGAAAAGACCACCAAGGGAGUUGCAUCAGCCUCAGUGUGCCACGAGUCAUUCAAGUUGACCAUGAUGCCACUUGCUUCGAAGGGAAAGGGGAGAGCUACCGCGGUCCGGUGUCCCACACUCUAUCUUCCCACCAAUGCCAGAGCUGGAGUCCGAUGAUGGACAACGAAGAGGUCAUGGGUGGACACAACUACUGCAGAAAUCCAGGAGGUAUUGAGAUGCAGCCCUGGUGUUUCAUUGCAGACCCUCACAUUAAGAGAGAAAUAUGCGACAUUCCACGUUGUGCUGAAUAUUCUUGGUUGUACAUCUUCCUGCCGUCUUUGGUGGCUGCCAUUCUCAUGGGGGUUCUCCUGGUACUUUGGUGCAAGAGACAGCGCAGGAAGACGUGCGCGUCCAAGUUGUCGCCACACAGUACCUCAGCGCAGCUCAUCCCUAUCCAUCAUCAAAGCUCCAUACACUCGCAUCCUCAACAGAUCGAACUCCAAAAGUUCAUGCCCAGAAUUCCUCUUGGAAUUCACGAAGUGUCACCGCAAUCCAUUCACUUUCUACACGAGCUCGGAGAUGGAAUCUUUGGAAAAGUGUUCAGGGGAGAAAUGCACCAUCCUCGUUCAGCUUCCGGAACUGCAGUCGUGUCUCCAGUAGCCAUCAAAACUCUCAAAGAAGGUGCAUCUACCACCACAAGACAGGAGUUCUGUAGAGAAGUGGAGACCGUGGCUGUUCUGCAACAUCCCAAUGUCGUCUGUCUGGUUGCAGUGUGCCUGAGAGAAGAACCCCUCUGUAUGCUUUUCGAGUACAUGUUCCAGUGCGAUUUGCACGAGUUCCUGCUUGUCCAUUCCCCUCAUUCGGACAUCUCAGCUCGAAGUGAUGACGGCACACCACAGAUUCUUGAGCUGUCGGAUUUCUUGGCGAUAUCGAUGCAGAUUGCUUCAGGAAUGGAGUAUCUAUCCAGCAAACGCUAUGUGCACCGCGACUUGGCAGCCCGAAACUGUUUGGUUUCAGUCGACGCAGCCCCAACGAGCUUAUCCCAGUCUUGCAUCAACAAUUCCUCCCUGAUGGACAACAUCCUAGUCAAGAUCUCGGACCUUGGAGUGAGCCGCAACAGCUGCGCUAACGAGUACUUCCGGAUCAGAAACACCUUACUUCCUGUCAGAUGGAUGGCCCCUGAAUCCCUGCUUUACGGAACCUUCACCACUGAAAGCGACGUAUGGUCAUUCGGUAUCCUAUUAUGGGAGAUUUUCAGCUAUGGCAUAAGACCAUACUUCAAUUGUGACAAUCAGGAGGUAAUAGACCUCAUCUGCACUCACCAGCUACUUCCCAGGCCAGACUACUGUCCACCAUACAUCUAUGCCAUCAUGAAUGAUUGCUGGCACGAUACUCCAUCGCACAGACCAAACUUCAAGGAGAUCUACAACAGACUUUGUUCAGUGCAGACAAUACACGAGAGGACAUUCAGUAUAAGUCACUCUGUGCUGACCCACAACAGUAGUCACCAGAGCAGCACGGGACCCAGUAACAAGACUUUGUCCACCAAUCUUAGUUGUGGCACAGGAAAUAUUCUGGUCAACGGUGCGGCAGUGAGGCAGAAUGGUGCUUUCCCUUUUUGUUCAUCGACAGCUGGAUUUGUUUCCUCCAAAAUGAUACCUGCACACAGAACUCACCAGUGCGAGCAAGUUUGAGCUUCAGACGACGUCUUCAUGCUGACCAAAUGAACAAUCUGGUUACCUUUUCCUUUUGAUUUGCUUCAAUAUUUUCAGUAAAGCAGGGUUCACACGAGACCAACUGUUUAGCGCAAUGGAAGGUUACGCCAAUUUCAGGAAGAUCACGUGACCACAAUGGGACAAGGGCAAAUACUUGUCCGGAUGAGGCAAACAUUUGCCAUUGUCCAAUUGGGGACACGUGAUGUUCCUGAGGCAAGUGUGGUCUUCCAUUGCGCCCAGUAAUUGGCCUCGUGUGAAUGCUGCUUAGGUUUGAUUACCUUUAGAAGUAACAAGCAGUUGUAUGAGCUGUUGAUAUCAGCAAUUUAAUUAGCAAAUCCAGUUUCCACAAGCAAGAUCAAGCAAUUACCAGCUUUCAGUUUAAGGGUAACAUUGGACCAGGUAGAAUUUAAAUGUUUAGCUGAAAGAACUCCAUGCUUCUAUACUGGUUUCCAUGUCCAAGUUGUGUAUUAAUUUAGAAUUGAUAAUGUAGGGUUUGACACAUUAGAGGUAAUGGCACUAAUUUAAAAUUAAAGAUAGUAAUUGUCAGUGCAUCCAUCCAAGCUUUUAAAUAAAUCAUGAAAUUCGCCGUUUAUGAAUCGAUCAAUUUAAAAUUAGUUUUUUUGCAAGCGCCAUUUUCGGACUAGUGUGUCACCUACAUAUUUUAAAGAAUUGUGCAAAUUUGAUGUGCUAUGGUUCUAUGUAAGAUAUUUGUAUCCCUUCUUGCUACAAUACCACAUGUAAUGAAAACGAAUACUGAUAGUUUUGUAAAUUUCCAGAAUAACUUUUACUUGAGAAUUUAAAAUUUAAAAUUAAUUUUUUAAAACAAUCUUCAUAAUACCAAUAAUGCAAGAGAUAAUUUUCACACAUAUGUCAAGACAAUUAUUGUAAAUUCUUUUUUAUUAACUUUUGUUUCCUAUAGGUAUGAUAAUAUCACACAAAAUAGCUACUGAAAUCCUCGUUUAAUCUUAAAACCGCACUAUUUUCAAAUCAAUUGUUCCUAAGCAAAGUCACUUAAUCACUAACAAACAAUAAUGCCAAAUAACUCGCCUGAAGUAUCUACAUGGUGGCUUAAAAUUCACCUUACAAAGUGGUAGGGAAAGAACGAGAGUAAAAAAACAAUUUAGAAUCACAUUGAAAACUAUUGCUAAAAACGUUACAAUGAUCUCUCGCUUUAAUGCUGAAAGGUAACCAUGUCUGCACAUUACAUUCAGCAAUAAAUUCAUCUUGUUUUCUACAAUUGUCUUUUUUUUGUGGUCCAUUGGAAGUUGAAAGAAAAAUAAUUAUAUAGGAUUUUUCAUUUAUAUUUUCUAGGCGAAAAUAAUUGAAUUCUUUCUUUCUUCAUUUAUUUUUACAUAUUAGAAAUAGAUAUUAAGUCGUAUUUCUUUUUUGUUUUGAUCAAGUUUAAUUUCGCUUUCAUGAAUAAGGAAACUAGAAAUUUCGAAAAAAAAAAUGUACAUACUGAAAUUUAAGAAUUAUAUCAUUGUUAUUCAACGGUACAUACAUAAAUUAUAUGUAUUAUUGUUAAUAUACUGUAUUACCGGUAAAAAGUACAAGUAACAGUUUGCGCCUACAACUCAAAAUUCACCUUAUAACGGCCGGUAUUUCAGUCCCUAAUUAAGAAGGCAUACAUGCCGAUUUCGUCAGAAGAAUCAUUUUCAGCGUUACAAAUAUCCUUAAAAUAGGAAAAUAUCGAGGAAUAGUCACAUUUUAGUGAUUCUGACUUGUUUUUAAGCUUUCUAUAUCCCUAAAUAAUUUGCAUCCUGAAUUUUGAAACACCCUGCAUAAAUGUUAAAUAAGAGUUUAGUAGGAAAUUUCAGAGCAAACAUUAUUUUGCACAUCUUAGACUAGUCAACACACAUUGAAAAUCUUUAAGAAACACAUAAACAUUCAAUAAAUAAACUGGACUUUAUGGACUUCAAUCUCAACAUCACUUUUUUUAUCUUCUUUGUUCUAGAAAUAGGUUUAUUAUAUGUCUUAAUGCUCGUUUCUCUAUGCAUUAGAUAAGUACAUAGCUCUAUGUAUCAGUAGUUUAUAAUUUCUUAAUUGUUGCGUGUAAUUCCACAUCAUGUGUUUGUAUAUAUUGCCUAACUGCUAAUUUUUGUAUUGCAUUUUUUAGUUGGUGGCGCUAUAUAUAUGUGUUCAAUAUGAGCUUUACUUCUAUGUCUUUGUAUAAAACACUAUGUAUGGAUUAACUUUUGGUAGUUUGUUUAUAGACAAUUCUUUCUCCUAGGGCUUGUGAUUGUUUAGUAAGUGUUUUUCUUGGAUACUUAACUUAAAACUGAUGUGAAAUACAUCAGCUUAAAUAAAAAAUAAAUAUUUCCUGAACAAAACUGGACUAUAAUCUUGUGUAUCAGCAAUAACUAACGAAGCCUAUAUAAAAUACAGUGGUAUUUAUGUUUAAAUCUCCACUUGUAGACCUGGCAACACUAUAUAUAUAUUAUUCUGAAAGUGUUUGUUUUUUGUGUUGUGAAUUUAAGAAUACUGAGUUCUUCGAAAGUUAAAAUGUUUAUUUUUGAUGUGAUAGAUGUAUUUGUCAAUGUGUUAAGUGCUCCAUAAUUAUAUUUGAUUUCAAUUUUGAAUAAGCCUCUUUGAUAAACCUUAUUAUCCUGUGUAUGAGCAUAGAGAAGUUUAUACAUAAUAUAUCUUAAUUUAAUUCUUAGUGAGUGUCCUUUUCACAAUUCUGAAUUUGUAUUAUUAACUCUUUGCAGCUGUAAAUUUCGUUGAUUAUAUAUAAUUUGGUUGGUACAUGAAUUUCAAAAUAUCUCAUCUCAAAAUUCUAAAUUCUUUUAAUUUGCAACAGUCGGUUCUCUGAAUUCUUUAUUUGAAUGGAUAUAAAUUUAGUUAAAUACGGUUUGUAUAUUAAUUUACAAUAUGCGAUAUCGUUAUGCUAAAUUUUAUCAAAUUUUAAAAUUUUUAAUUUACAAUUCUAAAAUUGUUUGGAAAAAAUAAGGAAUUUCUUACACAGUAUCAAAUAUUGAAAUUAAAAAAUUUUAUAAGAAGCGAUUUAAAAUUUUUAAAAUUUCCACAAGAUAUUUAGUAAGCACUAACAAAUUAAAUAAAAAUCUUUGAGUUGAAAAUAAUUGGAAAUUUUUUCCUAUUAAAACUUUAUUUAUUCCAAAAAUCAAAAUAAAACGAUGAAAAAAUAUUUUCAUUCACUAAUGAUUUGACAUACAAAAAAAAUGUCAAAUGCAUUCAUAUAUUUCCGCAAAGAAAUAAAAAAGGUUUCAAAUAAUUUUUAUAAUAAUACGUUUAUUGGCUUUGAAGUUGCUAAAAAUAAAUAAAUAGAAACAACAACAAUUAUUGUUAUGGAAACAAAAGAAUUAAAAAUGGUCAAUGAUUCGACUUGCAAAAAAUCUUAAAAUAAAUUCAUUAUUCUCAUCAAAUUCAUAAAAAAUGGCUUCUAAUAAUUUCUAAGAAGCAAUAUUAAAUUCGUCGGCUUUGUCACUAUUGAAAAAUGGAAAAAAAAUUAGAACAAUUAUUACGAAAAUGGACGAAAUAAAAAUAAACGCAGACGAUUUUUUUUUUUCUCAUAACUGAAUCAUAUUAUUGUUAUUUUAUUCAGAUAGAUCUUUGAAUUUAAAAAUUCUAUGAAAUAUUCCUAUUCUAAAACAUAAAAACAUUUUUAACAUAAAAAUAUAUUUUUUUUAAUUUUAAGAUAUUAUUUAAACAAUAGAUAAAUGAUAAAAUUCGUCUUCCUAGAAUUCAAAAUUAAAUAGAAAGUUGGCGAAUAAUUUCAGCUGCGUCUUUUUAAAAAUAGAAUUUUCGAAUUUCUUUCAUUCUCAAAACUUGUGGUAUGAAAAAUAAAGAAUAUUUAUAGUAUUGUGAAUAAUUAUGAUAAAGAAUUUGAUAAAUUGGCUGGUUUUUUGUACCUUAUGAUUUGUUAUUUUUAUCUUUAUAAAAUAUUUGAAGUCUUGUAAUUUGUAUUGUGACAGGACCAGAUGAAAAAUAACA